AUGCUGCAUAUAAUAAUAUAUUAGAAAAUGAAAUUACAAUUGGCUCACUUCUAAAUGCCCUACAAUCAAUAUCCAUAAAAAUUGUCAUAGGUUAAUUAUAAUUAAUAUGAAAUGUUAUUUUAAGAAUAUCUUAUAAUGAAUAGCAAUAAACAAAUUUGGAUUAAACUAAAAUAGAAGACUGCAGUUUCAGCUGGCUUCGAUGCAUUUCCUACUAUUACAUUAAUCUUUAUUGUAUCAUACAGUGUCAGGAAAUCAAUUAUCAGGAGUAAUUAAAUAACCAUUUGGAUUAUAAUUAUAUUAUGUGAUAAUUACAAAGCUUUAAUAAAAGAAUAUAAAGAGAUAUAUAACAAUUGA